AUGUUGUGGAUAUUUUACGCGUUUCUCUUUAUUGUUAAAUCUGUUACGUCAGAGAAGGAAAUAUUUAAUAGUAAUGGAUGGCGACCAAUAACUAGGGAAAGAGUUUUAAGCGGUUUCGAUGACAGCAUAAUUCCUAAUCUUAAUUUUAAACAAGAAUACCAUCAAAACACAAAUAAUUUCGGCUUGGAAAAAUAUAAUCUAGAGGAUCAAGAAAAUUUCAGAAAUUUAUUUGAACCUGGCUCCGUGACUUUUUCCGGAGCUAUCGCAAAAAAUAAAUUUGGACAAGGUGUAAACAGAGAUGAUCAUACAAAAAAUAACAAUUUUAAAAUUAUUUCAACUACUGAAAGACAUCGAACAUCUAAAGAUAUUUCUAGCAAAGCUUUCUAUAACGUUGUCAAUGACGUUAUAUCUAUUCAAAAUAAGACUAGACCUAACAGUAUGGAUGCCGUCACCCAACAAGGAGAUAUAUAUAAAGCUAAACUAGAUUCAAAUAAAUAUGAAGUAAAUGAAGAUAAUGAAGACGAGGAAUUUCUAAAAGGCGAUGGAAGUAAUUUUAACGUUAAUAAAGAUUUAGAUAAUCUAUAUUAUACAGUCAACAAAACGUUCCCAGUUGACAGAGAUAAUAAUAAAAACUAUUUUACAAGUAAACUCUUAAACAUACUUUCUAAUUACAAUAUUAGAGUAAACGAUGUUUUACCAAACUACGAACUAUCCCGAGAAACAACUAGACGCAGUCCGCCUAAACAAGAAUUUUUACUUUUGCCUAUUCCCAUUAGAUAUUCUAGCAGAUAUAACAACCUUAAUCACGUAACAGUUGAUCCCUUGUUAGCCGUGUUCCUGUCUAACUACGGUUACUACAUACCGGGUCAGUACGGCUUACACAACAAUUAUCAAAAUUUGUACGGUUACUUGGCCUCAAAUAACAUACAUAAUAAUAAGCCUUUUGGUUCUUAUAAAAUAUUUGCGGACACUGAUUCAUCUAAUUGA